AUGGCCAACUCUCCCCACGGCGGUGUCCUCAAGGACCUCUUCGCGCGCGAUGCGCCGCGUUCCGCUGAGCUGCUCGCCGAGUCCGAGAAGCUCCCCUCGCUCGUCCUGACCGAGCGCCACCUCUGCGAUCUCGAGCUCCUGCUCAACGGUGGCUUCUCUCCCCUCGAAGGCUUCAUGACCGAGAAGGACUACAACGGCGUCGUCAAGAACAACCGCCUCGCCGAUGGCAACCUCUUCUCCAUGCCCAUCACGCUCGAUGUGUCCCAGAAGACCAUUGACGAGCUCUCCAUCAAGCCCGGCGCCCGCAUCACGCUGCGCGACCUGAGAGACGACCGCAACCUGGCCAUCCUCACCGUCGAGGAUGUCUACAAGCCCGACCGCACCGUCGAGGCCAUUGAGGUCUUUGGCAGCGACGAUGACACCCACCCCGGUGUCAAGCACCUCUUCUCCAACACGGAGGACUUCUACGUCGGCGGCAAGCUCGAGGCCAUCCAGCGCCUCGCCCACUACGACUUCCUCGACCUGCGCUACACCCCCGCCGAGCUGAGGCUUCACUUUGAGAAGCUCGGCUGGAACAAGGUCGUCGCCUUCCAGACCCGCAACCCCAUGCACCGCGCCCAUCGCGAGCUGACCGUCCGCGCCGCCCGCUCCCAACAAGCCAACGUCCUCAUCCACCCCGUCGUCGGCAUGACCAAGCCCGGCGACAUUGACCACUUCACCCGCGUCCGCGUCUACAAGGCCCUGCUCCCCAGAUACCCCAACGGUAUGGCCGCCCUCGCCCUGCUGCCCCUCGCCAUGCGCAUGGGCGGCCCCCGCGAGGCCAUCUGGCACGCCAUCAUCCGCAAGAACCACGGCGCCACCCACUUCAUCGUCGGCCGCGACCACGCCGGCCCCGGCAAGAACAAGAACGGCAAGGACCACUACGGCCCCUACGACGCCCAGCACGCCGUCCAGAAGUACUCGGACGAGCUCGGCAUCCAGAUGGUCGAGUUCCAGGAGAUGAUCUACAUCCCCGACCGCGACGAGUACCAGCCCGCCAACGAGAUCGCCGCCGGCACCCACACCGCCAACAUCUCGGGCACCGAGCUGCGCAACCGCCUCAAGACCGGCAAGGAGAUCCCCGCCUGGUUCUCCUACCCGGAGGUCGUCAAGGUCCUGCGCGAGCAGAACCCCCUCCCCGCCCAGAAGGGCUUCACCAUCUUCCUGACGGGCUACACCAACUCGGGCAAGGACCAGAUCGCCAAGGCGCUGCAGGUGACCCUCAACCAGGGCGGCGGCCGCUCCGUGUCGCUGCUCCUCGGCGAGACGGUGCGCUCCGAGCUGUCGUCGGAGCUGGGCUUCAGCCGCGAGGACCGCUUCCGCAACGUGCAGCGCAUCGCCUUCGUCGCGUCGGAGCUGACCCGCGCGGGUGCCGCCGUGAUCGCGGCGCCCAUCGCGCCGUACGAGGACGCGCGCAGGCAGGCGCGCGAGCUCGUCGAGAAGAGCGGGCCCUUCUUCCUCGUCCACGUCGCGACUUCGCUCGAGUACGCCGAGAAGACGGACAAGCGCGGCAUUUACGCCAAGGCGCGCGCCGGCGAGAUCAAGGGCUUCACGGGCGUCGACGACACCUACGAGACCCCCUCCAAGCCCGACCUCGUCGUCGACGUUGAGAAGCAGACUGUGCGCUCGAUUGUCCACCAGAUCGUCCUGCUCCUCGAGAGCCAGGGUCUGCUUGACAGAUUGUAA